AUGGUUUUGGAAAUGCUGAACCCAGUGCAGUAUAACAUCACCAGCGUGGUGCCCAAAGCUGGGCCUGUUGCUACCAUGCCGAUCCUGCUGCUCACUGGGUUUCUUCUUUUGGUUUGGAAUUAUGAGGACACCUCCUCGAUCCCAGGUCCUGGCUAUUGCAUGGGAAUUGGGCCCCUCAUUUCCCACCUGCGGUUCCUGUGGAUGGGGAUUGGCAGUGCCUGCAACUACUACAACAAGAUGUAUGGGGAAUUCAUGAGAGUGUGGAUAUGUGGUGAGGAAACACUCAUUAUCAGCAAGUCCUCAAGUAUGUGCCACAUAAUGAAGCACAAUCACUACAUCUCCCGAUUCGGCAGCAAACUUGGGUUGCAGUGCAUCGGCAUGCAUGAAAAUGGCAUAAUAUUUAACAAUAACCCAGAUGUCUGGAAAGUGGUUCGUCCUUUCUUUAUAAAAGCUUUGUCGGGCCCCGGCCUCGUGCGCAUGGUGACAAUUUGUGCUGAAUCUGUCAUAAAGCAUCUGGACAGAUUGGAGGAAGUCAGAAAUGAGUUGGGCGCUCUCGACGUGCUGACCCUCAUGAGGCGCAUUAUGGUGGACACGUCCAACAUGCUCUUCCUGGGGAUCCCCUUGGAUGAAAGUGACAUCGUAGGUAAAAUCCAAGGUUAUUUUGAGGCGUGGCAAGCUCUCCUUCUCAAACCAGACAUCUUCUUUAAGAUUUCUUGGCUCUACAAAAAGUAUGAAAAGUCUGUCAAGGAUUUGAAAGAUACCAUGGAAAUUCUGAUAGAAGAAAAAAGACACAGGAUUUCCACAGCAGACAAACUGGAAAGCUGUCUGGAUUUUGCCACUGAGCUGAUUUUUGCCGAGAAACGUGGUGACAUGACAAAAGAGAACGUGAACCAGUGCAUAUUGGAAAUGAUGAUCGCAGCGCCGGACACCAUGUCUGUCUCCGUGUUCUUCAUGCUGUUUCUCAUUGCAAAGCACCCUAACAUUGAAGAGGCAAUAAUGAAGGAAAUUCAGACUGUUAUUGGUGAAAGAGACAUAAGGAUUGAUGAUGUGCAAAAAUUAAAAGUGGUGAAAAACUUUAUCAAUGAGAGCAUGCGGUACCAGCCUGUUGUGAACUUGGUCAUGCGCAAAGCCUUACAGGAUGAUAUCAUCGAUGGUUACCCAGUGAAAAAGGGGACUAACAUUAUCCUGAAUAUUGGAAGAAUGCAUAAGCUUGAAUUUUUCCCCAAGCCUAAUGAAUUUACUCUUGAAAACUUUGCAAAGAACGUUCCUUACAGGUAUUUUCAGCCAUUUGGUUUUGGUCCCCGUGGUUGUGCAGGAAAAUACAUCGCCAUGGUGAUGAUGAAAGUCAUCCUGGUGACAGUUCUGAGACGAUUUCACGUGCAGACAUUGCAAGGUCAAGGAGCGUGUGUGGAAAAGAUGCUUAUGAAAAAUGAUUUGUCCAUACACCCAGAUGAAGCAUGCAACUUCCUGAAUAUGACUUUUAUCCCAAGAAAUUCAGACAAGUGCCUCGAAUGCUGA